UAAGGAAACCGCGCAGGCUUUGGUACAUCCGGUGCUCGCAUCCCCUGGGUAUCUUCUGUCGUUGCGUCCAUUAAGGACACACGUUCUGUCAUCAAUCCGCUCUGCAACUCCAGUUACCCAGCUUUAGAGGCUCCACGGUCACAUGUCACGUCUGAUUGUGCCACCCCGACCAAUUCCUCGUCGUCACUGCCGUUCAUUCAAUCUCUUUCUAAGUCCAGGCCAUCGUUGGCUAUGCGUUGCUAAUACGAGAUGAAAUUGUCGAAUGUGCCGUCUUCGGAGGAAGAUAACAAAGUUUGUCCUGCAUUUUUUAGUCUUCAAGUUGUUCACGAUCCUGGAAGAGAAGGGCUGUGAGUUGGGUUACUCUGUUUUGUUUUUUCCUUUGAGUUGAUGGGUUGAGAUGUGAAGUGAAAUUUUUUGAGGUUGAGAGGCAACAUACUUUGAUCACUAUGUUAUUAUUACUGUAACAACAAUCAUUAUCACUUGAUUACAGCAUCUUUUUUGGAAAAAAUUUGAGUGCGGGAUGUCUUGAGUCGAGAUCUUCGAAAGAGCUUCGUGCGUUUCUUUCGAGAAUACAAGAAUUCGGGAGUUGAUUGUGUUGGGAGUAAUGUGGGGUGUGGUAAGGACGUGCUAGAAGUUCCGGAGAGUAGAGGGAGGGGUUAUGGAAGAACAAGAGGACAUAGCAGUCACGAGAAUUGGAUGAAGCGUUGUAAAAGUUCGCAACCACCUUCGUCUGGCGAAGAGAAGCAGUCACUGAUUUAUUGUAGCAAAAACUUUGUUUCAAUGCUGGUUACUAGGCUAGCUUUUGCAACCUACGAGGGCCAAGACCGGAGUCGCAUUCCCAUUACAGACGCUUGAUUGCCAAGUAUGAUAUUCUCCAGUUCAUUCCUCUUGUAUCCGUGAUUUAGAACAAAAGCCCCUCAGAUUUGUGAAUAUCCGGACCGAUUUCUCCUCGCAAUGUUUCGCCGUAUAGUCCUUCGUUCUAGGUUCUUCAAGCGCUUAGUGUAUUGUUUUUUUCGUGUGUGUGUGUCUGUGUUUUUUUUCAUUUUUUUCAUUUUUUUUGACAAUUUUGACGGACAUGACAGUAGCUCGUGAAGUCUCGGCGCACAGGGUCAGCAUGGCGCCUUCGCCGGUCCAGAAUGCGAGCAUGAAGCAGGAGGAGCGCGUCUCCGUGCAGAUCACCCCUCGGCGUCGCCUUCCCGAUUUUUUGCAAUCCGUAAACUUAAAGUAUGUGAAGCUGGGUUAUCAUUACCUUAUUACUCAUCUGCUGACUCUUCUAUUCAUCCCGCUCGUGCUUACGAUCCUCCUGGAGGCCGGCCGCAUGGGACCAGACGACUUGCGGCAGCUGUGGGAUAAUUUGCGAUUCAAUUUAGUGAGCGUCAUCACAUGCUCAGCUCUCUUGGUGUUCGGUGGUACGGUCUACUUCAUGUCGCGCCCUCGUUCCAUCUUCCUAGUGGACUUCGCAUGCUAUCUUCCUGAUGAAAGGCUUCAAGUUCCAAUUCCCUUGUUCAUGGAGCGCACACGGAUGGCGGGGUUUUUCGACGAGAAGAGUCUAGAUUUCCAGCAGAAGAUUUUGGAGAGGUCGGGGCUCGGGCCGAAAACAUACCUCCCUGCGGCGAUGCACGAGCUUCCGCCGUGCCCGAGCAUGAAAGCUGCGCGGGAGGAAGCCGAGCAGGUCAUGUUUGGCUGCCUCGACGAGCUUUUCGAGAAGACGAGCAUUAAGCCUAAAGACGUUGGCAUCCUCGUCGUGAACUGCUCACUAUUCAAUCCGACGCCUUCCCUCUCCGCCAUGAUUGUGAACAAGUAUCACAUGCGUGGCAACAUCCGCACAUACAACAUGGGGGGAAUGGGAUGCAGCGCGGGCGUGAUCGCUAUUGACCUCGCCAAAGACAUGCUCCAAAUUAACGGGAGCACAUACGCUAUCGUCGUCAGUACCGAAAACAUCACGCAGAACUGGUAUUUCGGCAACCGAAGGUCCAUGCUCAUCCCUAAUUGCUUAUUCCGCGUCGGAGGUGCUGCGAUCCUCCUCUCUAACAAACGCAAAGAUGCUCGCCGGUCGAAGUAUAAGCUCAACCAUGUGGUAAGGACACACAAAGGAGCUGACGACAAAUGCUACAACUGCGUCUACCAGGAACAGGACCAGCAAGGCAAUAUGGGAGUCUCUCUCUCCAAAGACCUCAUGGCCAUAGCCGGGGAGACUCUGAAAGCCAACAUCACAACCCUAGGCCCCCUCGUCCUUCCUCUCUCCGAGCAGCUCCUCUUUUUUACCUCCCUCGUGACACGAAAGGUCUUCAACAUGAAGGUAAAGCCCUACAUUCCCGACUUCAAGCUUGCCUUCGACCACUUCUGUAUCCACGCCGGUGGCCGGGCUGUGAUUGACGAGCUCGAGAAGAACCUCCAGCUCACUCCCGAACACUGCGAACCCUCACGCAUGACGCUUCACAGAUUCGGCAACACUUCCUCCUCUUCCAUCUGGUAUGAGCUUGCGUACAUGGAAGCCAAGGAACACGUGCGACGCGGACACCGAGUGUGGCAAAUCGCCUUCGGCAGCGGCUUCAAGUGCAACAGCGCUGUGUGGCAGGCGCUACGCAACAUCAAGCCCUCACAGCGAUCUCCCUGGGCUCACUGCAUCAAUGAAUACCCGCAACACGUCGAUGAGAUACAAAAAUUCGGUUAAGGAUCUAAUUCCUCAUUUCUCCAAAAAAAAACAUUUCCUCAGUGACUUGCUGCUAGCUGCAGGAAGCCAUCUACCGCAGCAGGUAAUUGAACAUACCAUUAGAUAGUGAGCUCUCCGCAGCUACAUGUCCAGAAACACAGAUUAAAUAGCUCCCUUCCGAGUGCUCUCAUCUCGGUUCAUCCCUGGCUGAUUACCAGCAACCAUCUGCAUAUGUGGAGGUAUUGCUUGCGGCACAUCUACAGAAUUUGAUUGUAGCUCCACAGCGAUGUUACUAUUUUAGUGUUCUCCUUCCGCGAGCGAGACGAGAAGCGAGCACCGAUCGAUGCUCAUGCAACUCUCCAUUGUAUUUUAGGAUUCUAGCAACUGUGCAUUUGCUGCUAAAAGCUCGUAGAUCGAUUGGUGUGGAACCCAACUGCAAUCAAUUCGAUAGCUGUUCGUAUGUUUCAAGGGCUUGAUAUCCCGAAUCUUGUCCUGCGGUCUUUUCUGAGCUUGUGCUUCAUAUUAUGAAAUUUGUCGAAAUCGUCGAUCUUCCUCAA